AUCCCUUCGGCGAGAAGGAAGGAUGGACAACUGAAUUUGAUUUGGAAAGAACUACUACUUCUCAAAAAUGAGGCCGAAGAUGACUUUUGAGUGGAUUUCUCCUUUGACUCUCAUAGUCAGCAUCACGAUUGGGUCAUUGGUAACAUCUGUGAAUGCCCAAAAGUGCCAUGUAGAUAUCCCUGUUGAACAGAGAAUUUGUGAAGGCACUAACAGUUCUCUACUGGAAUCAGAACUACAAUCUGGGAACAUCAAUGAUUUCUGUAAUUAUACAGUUACGCAAUAUGCAUGUGCUCAGUGUGAUGUUUUGGCACAGUUGCCAAGUGAGAACUUGACCUUGAUCUUCAAAUGUUUUGUUGUCACGAGGCCUGUGAACAUCGUUGAUCUGAAUGCCACCAUCCUGUUCAUGCAGAAGAUUAGUUUAUCAAAGCUUGAAGACUUGCUGGACAGGUUCAACAGGAAGAUUAAUGACACACUGGGAAUUCCGCUGAUGGCUAAAGAAACAAUCUUACAAGCUGUCUGGGAGAGAUUUAAAACCAACCUGAAGAUAAAUGACACGACUUUUCUGGAUGCCUUUUUGAAGCUCCUCAGGCCAUUUAUCGCUGGCAUUUCCAGACCAGUUCUGGAAACGCUCCAAUACUCAGACAUAGUGUGUGAUAACUUCAAGGCAAUUGUUCAAGGAUUCAAUGCAGGUUUGGCAGGGAUGACACUCACCACAAAGGAAACCGUGGCGAGCUGGAUCUUUGGUUACAUUAAUGUCACAGGUGUGGACUGCAUCACCAAUACUAGUGACUCCAGAGGAUGGCUUCUAAAACAUUGGGAAUUCAUCAGUGAUCUCAUCCAAUCUGCCAAUUCCAGCAACACAAAUUCCAGUGCAAUCAGUGCAACUAUCGUUCAAAAUGAGACAGCAAAGGACACGUUGCUCAGCAGUAUCUUUGGUGGCCUGACAUCACUGUUUCCUGUGUUUACACCAACCAAUUUCUCCAGCUGGUUUCAGAAACAGCUACCGCCGCUGCUCCCUGCUAUUACAGGUCCUGAACUUGACAGCAUACCCAGCAAUAUAUCAUGUGAAUCUUACCAGGCCAUAGUGAAAGGAUUUGACAUGGUGUUCUCAAACUUAACAGUACCACAGCUGAGCAAAUUCUUCAAUUUUAGUAAAAACAUCCUAACCUUCCAUCUCAGUUCAUCAGGUAUUGCCUGCACAGGCAACGUGACUGGAAGCCGUGAGUGGAUGAGAAAGAACUUUUUGAAAUUCUUCCAAGGCUUGAAAUUAAGAGAGAUCUUGGCUCUGAACAAAAACUUUUCUGGGUUUGAAGUUCUGGACCUCCUUACUCCUGAACUACUUGCUGAGUUGACUGUGAGCUCUGAAGCACGAUUUAACGUAGACAGGAUAAAUCAAAUCACUGAUACCCUCGUGGGCCGAAAUUUCAGCGACCUCAUUGCCUAUAUCACCCAAUUAAAUAAUGAAAUGUACAUGAUGAAUAUUACAUUUGGAAACACUACAGUGAGGCACCAAAUAUUGAGCAGAAUCCUGCAUCUGUUGGGACCCAUGUUUUCAUCGUUUAAUACCACUGACUAUGCUGAGUGGUUUCAGGACAGACUGUUUUUGCUGUUGCCCAGCAUCACAGGAAAAGAACUUGCCACUAUACCCAUCAACAUAACUUGUGAAUCCUAUCAAGCCAUAAUUAAAGUGUUUAACAGACUGUUAAUGAACUGGACAAUAACACAACUUCCAGAGAUUAGCAACUUUAGUAAAAAUAUCCUCAACUUCCAGCUCCACUCACCAGGCUCUGCAGGUAUUGCAUGUGGUGCCAACACAACUGGAAGCCGUGAAUGGAUACAAAAGAACUUCCUGAAAUUCUUGCACGGCUUGACUUACAGAGACUUCAAAACUCUGAACAAAAACUUCUCUGGAUUUGAAGUUUUGGAUUUCCUCACUCCUGAAGUACUUGCCGAAUUGACUGUGAGCUCUGAGGCAUGGUUCAACGCAGACAGGAUAAAUCAGAUCAUUGCUGCCCUCACGGGCCGAAAUUUCAGUGACCUCACUGCAUAUUUCACCCAAUUUAAUUAUGAAACACGUAUGAUGAAUAUUACAACUUUUGAAAACACCACAGUGAGGGAAUUGAUGUUAAGGAGGAUUAUAAGGCUGUUGCGACCUGCAUUUUCAUUUUUUAAUGCCGGUGACUACGCUGAGUGGUUUCAGAACAAAUUACACUUGUUGCUGCCCAGUAUUACAGGAAAUGAACUCGCAGUUAUACCUACCGACAUAACUUGUGAAUCUUACCAAGCAAUAAUUCAAGCACUGGACGCUAUGUACCCAAAUUUAUCAAAGUCACAACUCAAUGAAGUCUACAAUUUUAGUAAAACGUUUUUGAAUUUGCAGUCUGUCUUACAAGGAUUUAGAUAUGUUCCAUGUACUGCUAACACAACUGGACUUCGUGACUGGUUACUGCGAAACUUUCAUAAAUUCAUGGCACAAAUCACUUUCACAGACAUGCCAUUUCUGAACAGGAAGUAUUCUCUGUUUGAAAUAUUGGACCUGCUCAGCAUACCACAGCUCUCAGGACUGACUGUGCAAUCGUUGAAUAAUCCUGCGGGCAUCAACAGAAUCAUUGACAGCUUCAGCAAUAAAAGCUACUUUGACUUGAUCAGCUAUGUUACACAGUUUAUUCAAGACAUGAAAAUGAGAAACAUUACAGAAAUUCAACCACGGCCAACAAGAAACGCAAUGUUGACAGGGAUCGUAUCGCUGUUAAGAUCCUACUUUGCAAGAUUUAAUGAAACAGAUUAUGCUGAGUGGUUCCAGAACAGAUUACGGCUGCUGCUGCCUAGUAUCAAUUAUAAGAUGCUGGAGCUGAUACCCACUAAUAUAUCAUGUGACUCCUACCAGGCAAUAGUCAAAGGGCUGGAUAAUUUGUACCUAAGUUUCAGUCUGAAUCAGAGUAAGGAAAUCUACCUUUUCAGUAAACGUAUCCUGAAGUUCCAUCAAAGUUUAGAAGGUUCCCUGGGUAUUGCUUGUGCUGAGAGCUCUAAUGGAACCCGUGAAUGGAUGAUCAAAAAUUUUUUCAGAUUCGUCUCAGAAUUUAAUUUCAGAGACUUCACAGAUCUGAAUAAGAACUUCUCUGCUUUUGAAGUGUUGGACCUCUUCACUGCAAAACAACUGUCUGAAUUGACGCUGGAAUCUGAUGCAUUGAAUAACAUGAAUAAAAUCAUCCAGAUACUUAAUGUUCUCACGAGCAGAAAUUUCAGCAACUUGGUGAAUUACUUUGACCAAUUUGUUCAUGAAGCGCAAGAGAUGGGUAUAACAACAAUUCACAACCCGAUGAUAAGGAACGUAAUGCUGCAGAAAAUCUUUAUGCUGCUGAGACCACAUUUUCUGAUAUUUAAUGCACGUGAAUAUCUCGACUGGUUCCAGAAUAAAUUGCACCUGCUGCUCUUCAGUCUUACACGAGAUGAACUUGACACAAUACCCAACAACAUAACCUGCCAAUCUUACCAAGCUAUAGUGAAAGGACUGGACAAUUUAUAUUCAAAUUUUUCAAAAUCUCAACAAGAAGACAUCUACAAAUUUAUUAAAAGAUAUUUGACUCACCAGCGUGAUACAGCAGCAACUGCAUGCACUGCCAAUACGUAUGGAAGUAUAUCAUGGCUCCUGAUUAACUUUGGCAGAUUUCGGUCAUUUGUCACAUUCAGUGACCUCCUAGCUCUGAACAAGAACUUCAUUGGUUUCAUUGCGAGAGAAUUAUUGACAGUAACUCAACUGGGGCAGUUGGCUGGUGGUAAUGGAACACUGCAAAAUAUUUACGAAGUGCACCAGAUCCUCAGUAUUCUCACAAGUGACACUGUUACUGAGUUUAUUGAUGCAUUCAGCGCUGCAGUUCAUCAGAAUACCUUUUUUGCUCCUGGUGUCGGUGCAGCUUUAUUAGAAAAAGUCCUGAGACUUUCUCAGUCAAUACUUUCACAUGCCAACACUACCGAGAUCCAGAUCUGGUUUGACUCAAGGUUACAAGCACUGCUUCCCAGUCUCACUGAAAAAACCGUACCUUUGGUCUUUGUCUCCAAGAGCUGCAAAGGGUUCCAUAUCAUUGUCACAAUCCUGAACUCAAUAAGAGGGAAGCUGAAUAUCGCUGUUCAAAAAGCUAUAUAUAAAAACAUAGUGGCUUUUGAUAAAGUGUUCCCCCUUCUCUGCUAUGAGAACACCAGCUUUGUCUCUUAUCUACGCAACCAUUACCAAAUUUUUUCCAAAUUUCUAACCCUGAGGGAUACGUUUCUGCAGAUUCCUUCGGAUCACCUUAAUGAGGUGUUGAACACCAUUAAUCCUCGAGAAUUUGCUGAUCUGUUGAGCAAACCUGGAUUCAUUGAUGACAACAAGUUUCUGAUCACACUGUUAUCCCGCUACCUAUCCAGACAGAACUUGGAUACAUUUGUAGAUGAUUUCAAUGUAAUUAGCCAAGAUCGUCAACUGACACGUGAAAACCGAGCUGCGUUCUUAAGGGUUUUUUGGAUGUACUUUGCUACGGUGAUUCUGCCUGAAAACAAUGACACUGAGGUGGAUAAAUGGCUAAAUGUCAGAUUGCAGCCAUAUCUGCCAUUGAUCUCCACUGACCUCCUCACUUCGAACAUUACCCUGGGAAUUCCGUGCCUUCCCUACAGUAAAAUUGUUCGAACACUGAACGCUCGCUAUGCUGACCUAACCACAAUUGAACGGAAAGAAAUUUACAAUGGCAUCAAAGUUUAUUUACAAAAAGGUCCCAAGCCAAAAUGCUAUGAUGAAAAUAGUGUAGCCCUGAACUCCACUGCUUGGUUCGUUAACUACCUGGGACUAUUUAUGAAUCAAAUGUCACUGGCUGAUCUUCAGUCCUUCUUUGAUAAUGAAGAACAGAUUCGAGAGUUUGUUGUAAACCCUGAAAACCAGGCCCUUCUAGAAAAUCUGAAGUUAUCCACAGAAGUGUCCAGAUUCUUCAUUAACUUGCUGGUGAAGAAUGAAACAGUUUUUAAUGUUUCAAGUCUGCCAAAUUCUUUGGUUUGUUUUCUUCACGGCACCAAUAUACUUAGAUCCUUGAAUGCAGAGCAAACACUGGCCUUAAUUGAGAGGGUAAAUGAUGUCUGUGGGCCGGGAGGCUCAUCCAAUGGAACAGAUGAUGCAACAUUUCUGACAGAUGAGCAAAGGAAGCUCUCAAUACUUCUAGUGAGCAAGUUUACCAGUUUCUCAGCCAGCACUCUGAAUAGCUUGGGACAAACAGCUGUUGGACUAUCAUUCUCACAGAUUAGGAGUAUUGAUGGGAACAAUCUAGAGAACGCUCUGCCAAGCCUGAGUAAAGUUAAAGGCUGGAAUCUGGGCCAGGCUAAAAUAAUUGUGGCAAAGUUACUCAAUCAAAACUUCCAGGUCAAUAACUCACAGAACCUGCUGAACCUGGGCAGUUUAGUGUCUGGCAUUCCAAGCAGUGUGUUCGAACGCAUUGAUCCAGAGGUGUUCAAGGGGUUACUCUCAGAACCAACAUUUGUGGAAAAUAUUGGAGCAGCUCCGCAAACAUUAAGACUAAUCUGUGUUCUGCAGGUGCUGAGGAGUGAGAGAAACCCUCUAACCAUAGUGAAGACCAUUCCACCUGUUUUGGCCAAGGAAGUCCCACCUGUACUGUUAAAUUCAAACCUAACUCUUAAAGAUGUGAAUGACAAGCAAUGGGUUCCCAGUCAGGCUGCAGUGUUCUUUGAAAGCAUUAUCAGAAGCAGUAAUGAUUAUAAGAAAUUUUCGCCCUCUGUCCUGCAAGGCUUCAGCUGUGGUGCAGUAAAGACCCUAAAUUUUACUUCAUUUAUUGAGCUUGUUCAAUCCAUGAAGUAUAAAAGGGCUGUACUUGAUGAAAGCCAGCUCAGAUGUAUAUAUUUUAGACAAAAUGCCUACAGGACACCAGCUGACAUAAAUGUAUUCCCCGUGAAUGUUUUCCUAUAUUUCAACUCUGCAAAAUUCAGAAAAUCUCAAAACUGCAAGGCAUUCUUCAAAGCUGUUGGGAAAGCAAACAUUGAUAUGUUACCAAAAGGUUCAUCAAGAAGACACAAUCUGUUGGAUGAUGCCCUGACAUGUUUGGGAACUUCAGGCAGAAAUCUGACAAGGGACAGUGUGACAAUACUGGGCAGAUUGGUCUGUGACCUCCCUGGAUCAGUUAUCUCUCAAUCUGAUAUUUCCAUUUUGGAUGAAUUAAGGAAAUGUACUUCAUACUCGGAAAGUCAAAAGAGAGCAAUCGAAGGACUACUGAAGAGUGGAAAGACCAGAUACAGCACUCCUUCAACAUGGUCAUCAUCUACUAUAUAUGAACUGGGAUAUUUGCCUUUGACUUUGACUGACACAUGGAAAGAAGUAAAGGAGAUUGUCAUUAAAGAAGCACUCCCAAGAUUUAUCAAGAAAAUAAAAUCAUUGAAACCACCCAGUGAUGUCCUGGCAUUUAUAAAGCAGCUGGAUUUACAAAAAGAAUCAUACAAUACAACAAACUGUACAAUGGGGCAGAUAAAAGCAGAAGAAAUUAAUGAUUUGACCCCCGCCAUCUACAAUGUGAACCAGCUGGAUCUUUGUUUGAGUGAUCGUGUUUUGGACAACAAUAUCUUUCAACUGGGAACACUUUCCUUUGACCCUUCCCAGCUAGAAGUUCUGAAAAACAGAUUGCUACGGAUUUACCCUAAUGGGCUCCCCGAAGACCGGAUUCAAAUUUUGCAGAACAUAACCACGGUGUUCAAUGCAACAGAAGUCAGCAGCUGGAAUAUCAGUGAAGUUGACACUCUUUCAGAAUUGAUGAAACCCCAACUGGAAAACACCAUGGUUGUAUCUAUCAUAACAAGAUAUCUGCAGUUAGGUGGAACUCUAAAUGCUGUUACUUUGAAAGCUAUUGGCGGAGUAAACUUGUGCCUUUUGAAUGAGAGCCAGCUGAUAAUUUCAAACUUAAUGGAUGCUGGAGCUCUGGAUCUAUCUACUUGUCCACAGUCAACAAAAGACCUUCUUUACAUCAAAGCAUUGUCUGUCCUUGAAUUUGAACAAAGGAACACAAUCGCCUACUUCCAUCUAAUAAAACCCUAUCUAGGUGGAGUUUCCCUGGGAGAUCUUGAAGUCCUUGCAAAUAUUGAGGUGAACAUGAAUUUUGCAACCUUUGCAAACCUGAAUCCUCAAGUAGUAAAGAACCUGACUGCCCAAAAUCUGAUAGACUUGCUUGGGUACAACAUUCAAGCUCUUCAAGAUGGAGUCAAUGAAACUGUGGUGGUUGUUUGGGUGAACUCACACUUUGAAUCUGAAGUCAGACGGUUAGGGUUGUCAGGAGGGAUCCCAGAUCUUACACGAGAGCGAAUAUUUUGUGCAGACAAAAACAGGUAUGCGCUUGAUAACUUCCUAAGCAAUGUUAAUCCAGAGCAGUUCUGCAACUUUAACAUCACGGAAUAUGCCUGUGCUAAGCCUGAUCUACUGAAGCGAAGUUUAAAUAGUGAUAACUUGACAGAUAUUUUCUACUGCUUCGUUGGCAAAAUGGCUUUGAAUGCCACAGAUGAAACAGCAUUGAUUGUUUUCCUUCAGAAGUUUGAUGAGACCACACUAAAUAAAGCACUCGAUAAAUUCAAUAGGAAGACCCGAAAUACAGAAGGGAUUCCCAUAGAGACGAAGAUCACAUUUAUAAAUGCUCUGUGGGAGAUUGUGAGGAUCAAUGAAAACUUGACCAAUCCAGCCUUCCUGGCAAAAUGGUUCCAGGAGAGACUCAGACCAUUCAUUGCAGGCAUUUCCCGGUCAGCAUUGAGUCCUCUUCUGGCGAGAAACUUAUCCUGUGAUGGUUACCAAGCAGUUACAAAAGGACUGAGUGAAGGAUUCAGAGAAAUGUCACCAGAAAUGCGAAGGAUUGUACUGAAGGAGUGGAUCGUUAAUUAUCUUAAUACCACAGCAUUUCCCCUGGACUGUUAUGAAAACCGAAGCUUUGUUGUCUUCUUGAAGAGCACAUUUCAAAAUGUCAGUCACUUUCUAACUCUGACGAGUGUAUAUACUCUGAUGCCGCCUGAUGCUUUUUCCGAGGUGUUGAAAAUCAUCGAAGUCCGUGCAUUGGUUGAAGUUCUAAACAGGCCCGGAUUCAUUGAUAAUUACAGAAUUCUGACGAGCAUCUUAAUCCGUAUUCAACCAGUCCAAAAGUUGGCUGCACUUAUUCGUCAAUUCUUCUUGGAGAGUCACAAUAGAAAUAUUUCAGCUGCCAUCAUAGAGGGGAUACGGCUUGAGUUUUCCAGAAGCAUGUCUGGAUUUGGUGAUCCUGAGUUGGAUAAAUGGCUAAAUUCCACGCUAAUUCCAUCUCUGCCAUUGAUCAGUAGAUUCCUUUUCACGUCCAGAAAUAGAGAGCAAUUCCCCUGUUAUCCAUUCAAUAAAAUUGUUGCAACACUGAGUUUGUUCAAAGAGCAUCUGAAUUCCAGUGAUCAAGAAGCCAUAUAUGAAAACAUAUUAAAUUAUACCAGAGCAUUCCCACUUAAUUGUUAUGAAAACAACAGUUUUGCUCUCUACUUGAAGACCUAUUUCCAAAAUUAUUCCAACUUUCUAUCUCUGAAGGAUGCAUAUUCAGUGGUAUCUCCUGAACUUUUAGCUGAGGUGUUACAGAACACCAAUCCCAAGGAAUUGGCUGAUCUGCUGAGAAUGCCUGGAUUCAUCGAUGACUAUAAGAUUUUGAUUAGGCUCUUAGUCAAUAUCCGAUCCAGGAAAAAUCUGAAUUUACUUCUAACUGAAUUCAUCACCAAAACCCAAGAUGAAAAGCUUUUAGCUGCUGUCGUUGAGGGGGUACGGCUUGAGUUUCAGAAAAGCAUUUCUGGAGCCAAUGAUACAGAUGUAAAGGAAUGGCUUAAUGUUACACUAAUUCCAGCCCUGCCACUCGUCAGCACCACCCUCUUCAACUCUAAUAAUAGCCGAAGGCUUCAAUGCUUUUUACUUGAAAAAAUUGUUACAGUACUGAGCUUAUUCAAACAGCAGCAAAAUCUCUACGAUCAGAAAGCCAUAUAUAAAAACUUGCUGGCUUAUGCAAAAGUAUUUCCUUAUCAAUGCUAUGAAAACAGCAGUUUUAUCCUCUACCUGAAGAACUAUUUCCAAAGCUACUUCAAUUUUCUAACUCUGAAGGACGCAGUUUCGCUGCUUCCUCCUGAUCGUGAAACUGAGGUGCUAAAUAAUAUUGAUGUCAAUGAAUUGGUCAGUCUGCUGAGCACACCUGGAUUCGUUAAAGACGACAAUCUCUUAACAAAGUUGGUGCUAAAAAUCAGACCCAUCCAGAAUCUAACUCUGUUUUUAGAGGCUUUCGCCAAUGCAACCCAGAACGCAAAUCUUUUAAGUGCUCUGAUGGAGGGUGUGUGGAUUUUGUUUACGGAAAGCUUCCCUGAACUCUCUGAUGCAGAAGUGGAGGAGUGGCUUAAUGUCAGACUAGUCCCGUAUCUGCCAUUUCUCACCACACCUGCUUUGGUUUCCAGCAGCACGCUACGAGUCCCAUGUCUUCGCUACAGAAGAAUUGUAAAUGCACUGAAUGUUCAGUUGCCAAAGUUACACUCAGAAAAACGGACAGAAAUCUACAAUGGGAUCAAAGCUUACUUGCUACAAGAACCCAAGCCAAAAUGCUACAAUGCAAGUGAUCCAGUCCUGAACUCCACUGCGUGGUUCUCUCAAUAUCUAGGACUGUAUUUGAGUCAAGUUUCACUCGCUGACCUUCAAUCAUUCACUGAUAAUGAAACAUUGCUUCAAGUGUUCGCAGCAAACGCAAAAAACCUGAAACUUGUAGAACGUUUGGCGUUAUCGGAUGAAGUAUCAACAGCCUACAUUAACUUACUGGUUAAAAACAAUCCAAAUUUUAAUACUUCGAGUCUGCCAAAUUCCCUGCUGUGCUUCAUUACCAAAACUAAUCUGCUUCAGAAAUUGACUGCACAGCAAACGUUGGCUUUAGUCGAAAGGAUAAACAGAGUCUGCGGGCUUAAUCUAACAUCCAACACAUCUACCAAUGGUACGGUACCUCCUGAAGAGCCAACAGAUGAGCAAUUAAAGUUGGCAGUUGUUCUAGUGGGCAAAAUCGACAACUUUUCAGUCAGCACUUUGAAUACCCUGGGGCAAACUGCUGUUGGACUGUCAUUGUCACAGGUUGACAAUAUUGAUGGGAACACUCUGGAGCAAGCCCUGCCAAGUCUGGGCAAUGUCAGAGGCUGGAAUAUUGGACAGACUAGUUCAAUAGUAAACAAGUUACUCACUAGUGGCUUCCAGGUCAAUAACCCAAGCCGUCUGCUGGGUCUGGGAAGCCUGGUGACUGGAAUUCCCAGUGGUGCGUUCCGACGCAUAAAUCCUCAGAUAUUCAUCAGUGUUAUCUCAAAUGUGAGAUUUGUUGAGAAUAUCGGAAGAGCACCACAAUCGAUACGGCAGAUCUGUGUUCUGCAGGUGCUGAGGAAUGUGGAGAAUCCAGUGACAACAGUGAAGGCAAUUCCAUCAGUUCUUGCCGCAGAGGUUCCACCUGUCCUGUUAAAUUCCAACCUAAGCCUCAGUGAUGUUAAUGAUAAAGAGUGGACUCCCAGUCAGUCCGCUGUGUUCUUUGAAAGGCUGGUCAGAUACAACAACAAUUUUGAGAUAUUUUCAGUCGCUGUCCUGCGAGGUUUCAGUUGUGGAGCAACGAAAGCCCUGGAUUUUCAGACAUUUUUGAAGCUUGUUCAAGCAAUGAAGGUUAAAGGGAUUAUGCUCGAUGAAAGUCAGCUUCAGUGCAUUUCCGGCAGACUUGCUUCUGAAAGUAUGAAAGUGCCCUUGGAUGCCUUGCCUGGGGAUGUUCUGCUGUUCAAUUAUCAAUACUUCAGGGCUUCAUACAAUUGCCAGGAUUUCUUCAAACUACUUGCGAAAUCAAAUGUCAACAUCUUAAGAAAAGUAUUAGCGAGAGAGCGAAAUAUUCUGAAUGAUGCUAGAAUUUGUUUGGGAGUUAUGAGCAGGAACCUGACCAGGGAAGACUUGACAGUACUGGGUGGAUUGGUCUGUGACAUUGAUGGAUCCAUUAUCAGGGCAUCUGAUCUUUCCGUUCUGGAUGCCUUAAAGAAUUGUGUCUCCUUUAGAGAUGAUCAGAAAGAGGCAAUUGAAAUCCUCCUCAGAAGUGGAAAGAGCAGAUAUGGUUUACCUCCAUCAUGGUCGUCAUCUACAAUACAAGAGCUUGGAAAUCUUCCUUUGGCAUUGACCGAAACAUGGAGUCAAAUAAACAGGCCGACCCUUAAACAAGCCCUGCCAAGAUUCCUCAAGAAAAUAAAAAGAUUCAGACCACCUGGAGAUGUGCUGAUAUUUAUUGCUCAGCUCAAACUACGAGGAAGCUCCAACAAUACUAGAACCUGCACAGAGGGAGGAAUAGCACCAGAAGACAUCGAUGACUUCAUACCUGCGGUCUAUGAUGCAGCCCAGUUGGACCUUUGUUUGAGUGAUGCUGUGCUGAGAGAUGGUAUUCUCCAACUGGGAUCUCUUGCCUUUGACCCAACUCAGCUGAAAGUUCUGAAAAAGAAACUCCUGCAGAUUUAUCCCAACGGCCUUCCAGAAAGCCAGAUUCAACUGUUGGGCAACAUCUCCACUGUAUUUAAUGCAACAGAAGUCCGCAGUUGGAAUAUCACUCGAGAGGAAACGCUUUCAGCAUUACUGGCACACAAGCUGGAAAACACAAUGGUUAAAGCCAUCAUUGGAAGAUACCUGCAGUUAGAUGGUAGUCUUAAUGUAGUUUCUUUGAAAGCUAUUGGUGGAAGAAACUUGUGCACUUUGGAUGAAGAACAGCUGAUGAAGAUUUCAAACCUAACGGAUGCAGGCGCUCUGGAUUUCACCACAUGUUCUCAGCCCAUUAAGAACCUUCUUUACAAUCAGGCCAUCCUUGAACUGAAUGCUCAGCAACAAAACCCAAUUGCAUACUAUCAGCUGAUAAAGGUGUAUCUCGGUGGUGCCUCAACUUUGAAUUUAAGGUUUCUUGCAAAUAAUCGAGUUAACAUGGACUUUGCAACUUUCAAGAAUUUGAAUCCGGAAGAAGUGAAGGGUCUGAGUGCCCAGAAUCUGAUUGACUUGCUUGGAUUUAACCUUCGAGCUCUUCGACGUGGAGUGAAUGAAACCGUAGUUCAAGUUUGGGUGGCCUCGCACAAUGAGUCUGAAGUCCGGAAAGUUGGGCUGCUUGGAGAUUUUCCAGAAGUCCAGCCUACUGACAGGCCUGGUAAUGCCACAGGUAACGAUACAAGAUUGUGUGCCGGUGUGAACAGUUUGGCUUUGGGCAAUUUCCUGACUAAAGUUAACACAAGCCAUACCUGCAGCUUCAGUAUUGCGCAGUUUGCUUGCGCAGAGACUCCUCUGCUGAUUUCACAUCUAAGCAGUGACCUCUUGUCAGACAUCUUUCUGUGCUUCACUGGUCCAAAGGCUCUGAAUAGGUCAGAUGAAACUGCCCUGACUGUUUUCAUUCAGAAGCUUGACAGAGCCACAUUGAUGGAGGCACUGUACAUGUUCAACAACAGGACUCAGAACACAACAGUAAUUCCCCUGAUGACAAAGAUGACAUUUAUGAAUGCCCUGUGGGAGGCUGUGAGAACCAGUGAAAACUUAACAAGUACCAUCUUCCUGAGAAAGUGGUUCCAGAGACAAUUCCGGCCGUUCAUUGCUGGCAUUUCUCAGUCAGUGUUGAGACCUCUUCUGAGAAGAAAUCUAAGCUGUGAAGGUUAUCGAGCAGUCCUAAAUGGCCUCAAUUAUGGAUUCAGUGAUAUGCCACGUGAAACAAAAGAGACUGUGCUGAGAGUAUGGAUCCUUGGUUACCUCAACACCACAGCAUUCCCACCACGUUGUUAUGUAAAUGGCAGCUUUACAAACUACCUGAACAGCAAUUUCCAAAGUUUCUCCAAAUUGCUCAAACUGACAGAUGCAUUUUUCUUUAUUCGUGAGUUGCUCAAUGUUACCGAUCCCCGUGAAUUGGCUGAUGUGCUGAGCAUGCCAGGAUUCAUCAAUAACAAUCGGAUCCUGACCUCAGUGUUGGUCUCUAUCCAACCCAUUCAGAAACUGGCUUCAUUCAUAGAUCAAUUCAAUGAAAAUACCCAAAAGAGUAAACUGUCUGCUGCCAAUCGAGCUGCAAUCAUAGAGGGUGUGUGGCCUCAGUUUUCCAGCAGUUUAGCUGCGCUAAAUGACACCGAGGUAGAUAAAUGGCUUAAUUUCAGGCUGACACCAUAUCUGCCAUUUAUCACCUUUACCCUCUUGUCUUCCGACAACAGCCUGAGGAUUGGAUGCCUGACGUACCAGAAAGUCGUAAGAACGCUGAAUGCUCCGUACAAAGAACUUACUGUGGACAAACAGAAGGAAAUCUAUGACGGCAUCAAAUCCUAUCUACAGCAAGAUCCCAAACCGAAAUGUUACAAUGCAAGUGAUCCAGUCCUGAACUCCACCGCGUGGUUCUCUCAAUACCUGGGACUGUACUUGAGUCAAGUCUCACUCUCUGACCUUCAAUCAUUCACUGAAAAUGAAACAUUGCUUCAAGUGUUCGCAGCAAACACAGAAAACCUGAAACUUGUAGAAAAUUUGAUGUUAUCGGAUGAAGUCUCAACAGCCUACAUUAACUUACUGGUUAAAAACAAUCCAAAUUUUAAUGCUUCAAGUCUGCCAAACUCCCUUCUGUGCUUCAUUACCAAAACUAACCUGCUUCAGAAAUUGACUGCACAGCAAACCUUGUCUUUAAUCGGAAGGAUAAAUAGAGUCUGCGGGCUUAAUCUAACAUCCAACACGUCUACCAAUGUUACAGUACCUCCUGAAGAGCCAACAGAUGAGCAAUUGAAGUUGGCAGUUGUUCUAGUGGGCAAAAUCGACAACUUUUCAGUCAGCACUUUGAAUACCCUGGGGCAAACUGCUGUUGGACUGUCAUUGUCACAGGUUGACAAUAUUGAUGGGAACACUCUGGAGCAAGCCCUGCCAAGUCUGGGCAAUGUCAGAGGCUGGAAUAUUGGACAGACUAGUUCAAUAGUAAACAAGUUACUCACUAGUGGCUUCCAGGUCAAUAACCCAAGCCGUCUGCUGGGUCUGGGAAGCCUGGUGACUGGAAUUCCCAGUGGUGCAUUCCGACGCAUAAAUCCUCAGAUAUUCAUCAGUGUUAUCUCAAAUGUGAGAUUUGUUGAGAAUAUCGGAAGAGCACCACAAUCGAUACGGCAGAUCUGUGUUCUGCAGGUGCUGAGGAAUGUGGAGAAUCCAGUGACAACAGUGAAGGCAAUUCCAUCAGUUCUUGCCGCAGAGGUUCCACCUGUCCUGUUAAAUUCCAACCUAAGCCUCAGUGAUGUUAACAAUAAAGAGUGGACUCCCAGUCAGUCUGCUGUGUUCUUUGAAAGGCUGGUCAGAUACAACAACAAUUUUGAGAUAUUUUCACCUGCUGUCCUGCGAGGCUUCAGUUGUGGUGCAACAAAAACCCUGGAUUUUUCGUCAUUCCUGAAGCUUGUUCGAGCAAUGAAGGUUAGGGAAGUCGUGCUUGAUGAAAGUCAGCUGGAGUGUAUUUCCGGUAGACUGGCUUCUAAAACAACUGUAGUAUCCUUGGAUGUUUUGCCUGGGGAUGUUCUGCUAUUCAAUUAUCAGUACUUCAGGAAAUUUUACAAUUGCCAGGAUUUCUUCAAAUUACUUGGGAAAUCGAACAGCAACAUCUUAAGAAAAGUAUCAGCAAGAGAACAAAAUAUUCUUAAUGACGCCAAAACCUGUUUGGGAGUUAUGAGCAGGAACCUGACCAAGGAAGACUUGACAGUACUCGGUGGAUUGGUCUGUGACAUUGAUGGAUCUGUUAUCAGGGCAUCUGAUCUUUCGGUUCUGGAUGCCUUAAAGAAUUGUGUCUCCUUUAGAGAUGAUCAGAAAGAGGCAAUUGAAAUCCUCCUCAGAAGUGGAGGCAGCAAAUAUGGUUUGCCUUCAUCAUGGUCAUCAACUACGAUUCAAAACCUCGGAAAUCUUCCAUUGGCAUUGACUGAGACAUGGAAUCAAAUAAACAAGCCGACCCUUAAACAAGCCCUGCCAAGAUUUCUCAAGAAAAUAAAAAGAUUCAGACCACCCGGAGAUGUGGUGAUAUUUAUUGCUCAGCUCAAACUACGAGGAAGCUCCAACAAUACUAAAACCUGCACAGAGGGAGGAAUAGCACCAGAAGACAUCGAUGACUUCAUACCUGCGGUCUAUGAUGCAGCCCAGUUGGACCUUUGUUUGAGUGAUGCUGUGCUGAGAGAUAAUGUUCUUCAACUAGGAUCUCUUGCCUUUGACCCAGCUCAGCUGAAAGUUCUGAAAAAGAGACUUCUGCGGAUUUAUCCCAAUGGCCUUCCAGAAAACCAGAUUCACUUGCUGGGCAACAUCUCCACUGUAUUUAAUGCAACAGAAGUCAGCCGUUGGAACAUCACUCAAGUGGAUACACUUUCUGCACUAAUGACGCAACAGCUGGAGAAAACAAUGGUUAUAUCCAUUAUUACAAGAUUUCUUGAGUUAGGUGGCAAUCUUAAUACAGUUACCUUGAAAGGCAUUGGUGGACCCAAUUUGUGCACUUUGAAUCAAGAACAACUGAAGACAAUUUCAAACUUGACCGAUGCUGGAGCUCUGGAUCUUUCUACGUGCACACAGGAAAAGAAACGUUUGCUGUAUGAUUUGGCUGCCGCUGCUCUGAGCUCUCAACAAGCUGACCCAAUCCCUUAUUUCCAGCUGAUAAAAACAUAUGUUGGUGGUGCCCGAGCAGAUGAUCUGAGGUUUCUUGCAAAUAACCAAGUUAACAUGGAUUUUGCAACCUUCAAGGGAUUGGAUCCUGAAGAAGUAAAGAAACUGAAUGCUGACACUCUGAUCAAUUUACUUGGAGUUUACCUUCAAGCUUUACGGAAUGGAGCAAAUGAAACUGUAGUAGUUGUUUGGGUCGCCUCAAACAGAGAGUCUGAAGUGAGGAAACUUGGACUGACCGGAGGUAUUCCAGAUACUGCAUUCUGUAGAACAAUAGACAGUUCACGAUUGAAGACUUUACUGCUUAAUGUUGAUGUGACCCAACUCUGCAAUUUCAGUAUUACAGAGUAUGCCUGUGUAGAGACUGAACUCCUGCUCUCCCGUUUAAGCAGUGAUGACUUAGCCAAUGUAGUUGAUUGUUUCAUUCGUCCAAAAGCUGUCAACAGAUCCGAUGAACCUGCACUGACCAACUUCAUUCAGAAAUUUAAUAGAACCAUGUUGACUGAGGCUCUAGACAAAUUAAACAACAAGGGUCUGAACACAGCUUUAAUCCCCCUGAUGACAAAGAUUACAUUUAUGAAUGCCCUUUGGGAGAGAGUGAAGACCUUUGAAAACUUAACAAGUGUAAACUUCUUGAGAGAAUGGUUCCAGGAUCGAUUCAGGCCAUUCAUUGCUGGCAUUUCCCAGUUUGUGCUAAACUCUUUACUCACAAGAAACAUAACCUGCAGUGGCUACCAAGCAGUUGUAAAAGGACUGAAUAAUGGAUUCAAGGAGAUGCCAUUGGAGACAAGAAAGACUGUGCUAAAUAUGUGGAUCCUUAAAUACCUCAACACCACAGGUACUGGUUGUAUCAGCAAUACCAAUGGAUCUAGAGACUGGCUUUUGAAGAACUGGGGAAUGUUCGGUACCCUUGUUCAGACAGAGAUUUUAACCAAAUGGAAUCCAAGCUUCAACCCGCUUGAUGCAGUGGACUUACUGACACCUUCACAACUUGGAGAGUUUGCUGGCAAGAAUGGAUCAUUGCGCAGUGCUGAUGAUGUUCAGAAGAUUUUCAAGAGCAUCACUACUGAUAAUAUUGCUCAGUUCAUCAAGGAGUUCAGGGCAACUCAGAGACAGAAUGCUGCGAUUUUCACUCCUGGUGUCAGAACAUCAUUCCUGCAAGAAAUUCUGAACCGUACACAACCAAUUUUUUCAACUGCCAAUGUCACUGAACUUCAGAUCUGGUUUAACACAAGGCUGCAAGGAUUACUUCCAGGACUCCAAGAAAACAUGUUGCCCUUAAUCUUUGUCACCGAAAACUGCAAGGGAUUUCAGACCAUAAUUUUGGCACUGAACUCUGUCAAAGAGCAGCUGAAUACAAAUGUUCAACCAGCUGUGUAUAGAGAAAUAUUGGCUUACACUAAAGAAGUACCUCUGCGCUGCUAUGAAAAUAACAGCUUCAUCCUCUACCUGAAGAGCCAGUUUCAAAAUUUCUCCGAGUUUCUAACUCUGUCCGAUGCUCUGUCGUUGGUCCCGUCCAGCCAAAUUGCUGAGGUAUUAAAUGCCACAGGUCCCAGUGAUUUGGCUGAUUUAUUGAGCAGGCCAGGGAUCAUUAAUAACAACAACUUGCUGACUCUUGUGUUAACGAAUUACCAACCCAUCCAGAAACUGGCAGAAUUUGUGGAUCUGUUCAACCAAAAGACACAAAAUGAAAAUCUGACAGAUGCAAACCAAGCUGCCAUCGUAAAGGGUCUUUGGCCUCAGUUUGUAAUCAGCUUACCUGGUCUCAGUCGCAUAGAACAGGAUAAAUGGCUGAACUUUAGGCUAAAUCCCUAUUUGCCUUUCAUCACCAAUGACCUCCUCGUUUCCAACAACACCCUUGAAGUCGAGUGCCUUCCUUACAGGAAAAUUGUAAAAACAUUGAGUAGUCGCUAUAGUGACUUUUCCUCUGACAAAAAAGUGGAAAUCUACCAGGGCAUCAGAACUUACCUACAGCAAGAUCCUCAACCAAAAUGCUACAGUGUUACCGAUCCUGUCUUGAACUCCACUGCUUGGUUCACUCAUUACUUGGGACUCUUUAUGAAUCACGUGUCCCCAACAGAUCUUCAGUCUUUCGCCAAUGAAUCAAUUCUUCAAGACUUUGCAGCAGACUCUGAAAAUGAGGCACUUCUAAAUAACCUGACACUAUCCGUUGCUGUCUCAAAGUUCUAUAUUAAUUUGCUGGUGACUAAAAAUCAAAAUAUUAAUAUUUUGGGGAUUCCAAAUUCCCUGAUUUGCUUCAUUUCCGACACAAAUUUACUUGAAAAUGUGAAUGGAGAACAAGCAUUGCGUAUUAUUGAAACGGUGAACAAGCACUGUGAGAUCGACAUAUCAUCUGAAGCAGCAGCUGACGAACAGAUUAAGCUGUCAAGGUCAUUGGUGAAUAAAAUUUCAAACUUGUCAGCCACCACACUGACUAACUUGCAACAAUCCGCUGUGGGGCUCUCAGUGACACAGAUUGAAAAUAUCGAAGCUGCUAAUGUCGAGAAAUCUUUGCCAAGUCUGAGUAGUGUCAGAGGCUGGAACGUUGGCCAAUCCAACCAAAUUAUAACCAAGUUAUCAAGUACUGAUUUCCAGUUCAAUGAUAGGAACAAUCUGGUCAGGCUGGGAACCUUGGUGACUGGUGUUUCGGUUAGUAUGUUUCAACGUGUUGAUCGUACUGUGCUUGCCAGCGUGACCACCGAUGUUACAUUCAUCAGCAAUAUUCAAGAGGCACUGCAACCUACUCAACAGUUUAUAACACUACAAGUUUUGCAGACGGAAAAUAACCGAGUAAGCGCUGUAAAGAAAAUUCCAAGCGCUUUAGUUAAGGAGAUCCCGCCCACAUUUCUCACUUCAGAUCUAAAUCUUCAGGAUGUCAAUAAUAAACAGUGGGUACCCAGUCAGGCUGCUGUGUUCUUUGGAAAUAUCGUGAGUAAAAAUAAGAAUUUUGAAAUAUUCUCACCCUCUAUCCUGCAAGGUUUCAGUUGUGCUGCAGCAGUAUCUCUGAAUGACCCCACAUUUUUCCAGCUUCUUGGAGCAAUGAAGAAGAAGAGGGCUGUGCUUGAUGAAAGUCAGCUAAGCUGUAUGGCUUACAGACUCACUUCUAAUGGAACGCCAUCAUCCAUAGACGAUUAUCCUGAGGAUCUUCUUUUGUUUUUCAACUCUGCUGACUACAGAACAUCUAAAAACUGCAAGAGAUUCUUUAGAGCAAUUGGAAGGUCAAACUUUGAUAUCUUACGAAAAGGUUCAGGCCGGCGACAAAGAUUACUUGAAAAUGCCUUCAUAUGCUUGGGCAUUGACGGUAGAAGUCUGACAAGGGAGGACGUUGCAGUUUUAGGACGCUUGACCUGUGAUCUUCCAGGAUCUGUUAUUUCUAAUUGUGAUGUUACCAUUUUGGAUCCAUUGAGAGAAUGCACCUCAUACUCAGAUGAUCAAAUGACUGCAAUUGAAUACCUACUUACCAACAGAGCCAGCAGAUAUGGUUUCCCUCGUUCUUGGUCAACCAGUACUGUGAAUAAUCUCGGAAAUCUUCCUUUGGCUUUAACCUCAGUCUGGAGUCAAGUGAAUCCGUUUGUCUUUAAUGUAGCCCUCCCAAGGUAUAUCAAGAAAGCGAAAAAGUUUAAAAGACCGAGGGACAUAAUAAGAUUCUUCAAGCAGCUCAGAAGACGAAGAAUUUCAAAGCGAGCAACUGGCUGUACUGUUGGAGAAAUAACGGUUGGAGGCAUUAAUGAGCUGACCCCAGUCAAUUAUGAUGCUGAUGAACUGGAGGCCUGUUUGAAUAACAAUGUACUAAAAGACAACUUGGAGACAUUGGGAACUCUUGAUUUUAAUACUGAUCAGCUCAACGUUCUGAAAAGCAAACUCAGCCUGAUUUACCCCAAUGACCUACCGGAAAACCAGAUUCAGCUGCUUGGGAACAUAUCCACUGUGUUCAAUGUGACAGAAAUCAGCAGCUGGAAUAUCACUCAAGUUGAAACACUUUCUGCUUUAAUGGCACAGGAACUGGAAAACACAACGGUUGCAGCCAUCAUUACAAGAUAUCUCCAGAGUGGCAGUACUCUUGAUGCAGUUUCAGUGAAAGCUAUUGGCGGAGCAAACUUGUGCACCCUGAAUGAAACCCAGCUCAUGACCAUUUCAGAAUUAAUGAAUGCUGGUUCUCUGGAUAUCUCCACAUGCAGUCAGUCAAAGAAAAGACUGCUUUACACUCAAGCACUGAAAGAGCUAACAUCUCGGCCAAAUAACACCAUUACCUACUUCAAUCUUAUAAAGCCAUUCCUCAGUGGUGCCAAUGCAAGUGAUCUGAGUGAACUUGCAAAAGAUAAUAUCAACAUGGACUUCACAACAUUUACAAAUCUGAAUCCUGAAGAAGUGGUGAAACUUACUGCCAAUCAGUUACAAAGCUUGCUCGGAAUUAACCUUCCUGCUCUUCAAACUGGAGCUAAUGAAACUGUCGUGUUAGUGUGGGUGAACUCACACUUUGAAUCUGAAGUAAGGGCUGUUGGGUUGACUGGAGGAAUCCCAGAUCCAUCAUCAGAUCCCCAACUUAACUUUAUGUGUGGCAACAGUACAUUUAAUGAAACAGCAUUCUGUGCAGCCGUUAACAGUUCUGUUGUGAAUGAAUUCUUGAUGACGGUUAAUGAGUCCCAGCUCUGCGACUUCACCGUUAGAGACUAUGCAUGUGCUCAGAAUAAUCAACUGGGAAGUCUAACCAGUGAUCAUCUGACAACCUUAUUUCAUUGUUACACUUCAACGAAGGCUCUACAGAAGCAAGAUGAAACUGCACUGGGCAUUUUUAUUCAGAAGCUUGACGAAACGAUCCUUAAUGAGGCACUGGAUAAAUUUAACAACAAGACUCAGAACACAGCAUCAAUUCCUUUGAUGACAAAGAUCACAUUUAUGAAUGCACUGUGGGAGACUGUGAAGACCAGCGAAAACGUGAACAGUUCUGCUUUCCUGACAAAAUGGUUCCAGGAGCGUUUCAGACCAUUCAAUGCUGGCAUCUCCCAAGUGGUGCUGAACUGUCUGUUGAUACGAAACCCAACUUGCAAGGGAUACCAAGCAGUCUUGAAAGGACUGAAUAGCGCAUUUGGAGAGAUGCAACAGGCAAUGAGAGAAACAGUAUUAAAAGUAUGGAUCCUUGGCUACCUCAACAGCACAGGUGCAGGAUGUAUCAACAACACAAAUGGAUCAAGAGACUGGCUACUGACAAACUGGGGAAUGUUCAGACACCUCAUUAAUAUUGAGACUUUUACUACCCUGAAUUCCAAUUUUAAUGCAUUUGAUGCCCUGGAUCUCCUCAGUUCAAGACAUCUGUCUGAGCUAACGACGAACUCUUUGAACAACGUGAAUAACGUCAGUGAAAUCCUUGAUGCGGUUGCUAGCAGAAACUUCACUGGACUGAAGGAAUACAUGAAGUACUUUGUUGCAGAUGCAAAAAUGAGGGGUAUUCAAGCUAUUCAGAACACAGCUGUAAGAGACAUCAUGUUGACUAGGAUCAUGCAACAGUUAGAAGCCCAGUUUCCAGCAUUUAAUGCCACAGACUAUGCCAAAUGGUUCCAGACUAACUUGCAGCUUCUGCUGCCCAGCAUUCGAUCGAGCAAUCUCAACCUCAUACCUUUGAACAUAAGCUGUGAGGCAAACCAAGCCAUAAUUAAAGGACUGGACAAUGUUUAUCCGAGUUUAUCAUCGUCGCAGAUUAAAAAUGUUAACACAUUUAUAUCAACUUACCUCUCCAACCAGCUUAACACAACAGGUACUGCAUGCACUAAAAACGUUGCUGACAGCCGAGACUGGAUACUAAAGAACUUCGGCCAAUUCCGGUCCCAAUCUCAAUACAGUGAACUAACAUCUCUGAACAGCAAUUUUACGGGACUUGAUGUUGUAGAUUUGCUCACCGUCAAACAACUUGCCCAAUUAUCUGCGAGCAGAGGAAUUCUGAACAAUUCUGUCGAUGUACAGAAGAUCAUGAACAGGAUCUCAGUCAAUGAUAUUACUCAAUUCAUGGAUGUUUUCAGUCAAGAGGCAAAGCAGAACAAUAUAUCAUUGUCCCCAGCGGUGGCAACCAUUUUAUUGAGUGGAGUCCUAAACACUGCUGAACCAAUAAUUUCCAGUUCCAAUGAAAGAGAGCUUCAGAUCUGGUUAGAUACUAGACUUGAACUUCUGAUUCCACAACUGAAUGGAAAUCUGACCAAAAUGCUUCUGACCAAUAUCAGCUGCAGUGGAGCUCCAAUCGUAGUACGGACUCUGAAUGUACACAUUUUGAAGUUUCCAGAAAAUGUUCAGCGACAAAUGUACAACAGCAUUAGAGAUUAUCUCAGUGCAGGUCCCAAACCAAGAUGUUAUAAUGCAAGUGAUCCAGUAUUAAACUCUACUGCUUGGUUUGCCAAUUAUUUUGGGAAAUUUCUGAUUUAUACAAGCACAGAUGACUUGGCUUUGCUGACAGAUAUGGAAACAUUGAAGCUAUUUGCAGCCGACCAGAAAAAUCUGUUUCUUCUGAGGAGUCUUAAUCUACCAAAGGAAGUGCAAAGCUUUUAUGCCAACGCUCUAUUCACAAAUGUGAACAUUAAUGUCACAAGCAUUCCUGACAGCUUGGUUUGUUUUAUUGUCGGCACACCUUUGGUUCAAUCUUUAAACACUGAGGAGGCUUUCGCUCUGCUUGUAAAAUCGAACGAAGCCUGCCAGAGCCCAAGCACUAAUGAAACUGCGCCAACAGAUGAUCAGAUACAGCUUGCAGAUGCUCUAGUGGGUAAAAUCUCCAACUUCCCAUCUGAUAUGCUUAUCGAUCUGGGCCAGUCGGCUGUUGGACUAACAAUAACACAGAUCGAUACUCUCAACGGUACUGAUGUUCGCGAAGCUCUGGGCAGUCUGGGUAAUGUUAGAGGCUGGACUCGUGGAAAAGCCAAUGCAUUGGUCACAAAGUUGAUCAUUGCUAACUUCCAGUUUAACAAUGUUGAAAACUUGUUGAAAAUGGGAACCUUGGCAUCUGGUCUUACAAGUGACAGGUUGAAAACUAUCAAUAGCAGUGUGAUCGCCCUAGCCGUUGAUAAUACAGUCUUUGUAGAAAAUAUAUUGCUUGCUCCAGAACCGUCACAACAAAUUGUUGUUCUAAAGAUUAAUGAAUCUUCAAGUAAUCUCACAACAUUUAUACAGAAUGUUCCAGACAUGCUUGCAACUAAAAUUUCUUUGCCUCAACUGAUUUCCAAAGAUAUCAAUCUGAAUCUUGUGAACAACAAGCAAUGGGAGCCAUACCAAGCUGCUGUGUUUUUUGGGACUUUGACAGAAAAUCGUAACCUAAACUUCAGUGUCGCAUCAUCCUCUGUGCUGCAAGGUUUCAGUUGUGCAGCAGGAACCACGUUGACCAAUGAACAAUUCCAAAAGUUUGUUGAAGCCACUAAAGAUAGGGCUUCACUGAGCACUGAUCAGCUGAUAUGCAUGUUUAGAAGAUUGAUUGCCAUUGGAACACCGCAAACCACUUCUAAGCUACCAGCAGAUGUCCUGAUAUACUACACCCCUGAAGCAUUCCAACCUGAAAAUUGUACAAGCUUCUUCCGUGCUGUUGGGCGUGCCAACCUUAAUGUUCUGUCAAGAGAAUCUCAAGAAAGGAAGAAUCUAUUAAAAGAAGCUAAUAGCUGCUUGAAUAUUUCAGGUGAAGGCUUGUCAAGAGAUAAUGUGAUGAUACUGAAUAAUCUAGUCUGUGACUAUGAUGGCGACAUUACCAAAGCGGAUAUUUCUGUAUUAGAGGCUUUGAAAAAUUGCAAUGAAUAUACAUCUGAUCAACAGAAUGCAAUUAAUACCUUGCUUAAUAAUAGAACACACAUAUAUGGUGAUAUCUCCACAUGGAAUACAUCCACCCUAGAAAAUUUGGGAGCACUUGUGUUUGCUCUGAAUGGAAAUACGUGGAAGAAAGUGAAGGAGACUGUUGUCUUAGAUGGCUUGAAAACAUAUGUGGGGAGACAAUCCAAUUUCCCAGUUCAAAGACGGCGAGAUUUGCUCCAAAGGCUGUCCUUGCAAACAAGAUCAAAACGUGCAACAGGAUGUACAAUUGGUGAAAUAACAGGAUCUAUGACAUUUGACAGCACGCUACCUGCGCAAUACGGAGCAGCAGAUUUAGAAAAAUGUCUGAAUAACACUGUUCUAAAGGAUUACCUGUUUCAGCUUGGAAGUCUUGCUUUCUCUGAAGCACAACUUGGAGUUUUAAAGGAAAAAUUAAAUCAGACUUAUCCAAGUGGAAUUCCAGAAGACAAGAUUCAAUUACUGGGAUAUAUUACUUCUGUGUACACCUCUACUGAUGUUAACAUUUGGAAUGUAACCGAACCAGAGACCCUUUCAGCUGCACUGCCAAACAGCCAGAGUGAUGACGUGAGCAAAGCCAUUGUGUCAAGAUAUUUAGAUGCAUCUGGAAUAAUAGAUACAACUGUGCUGAACAUUAUAGGUGGUAGGGUGUUGUGCCUUCUUGAUGAAAAUCAACUAAACAAAAUUAGUCCUACUGAUAUUAGCAAUGCAAAUCCACUGAAUAUUUCCUCAUGUUCUCCAUCAAAGAAAUUAAUAAUUUACAGAAAAGCAAAGAGUGUGAUUGAGUUACAAAACAGUGAUCCAGUCAUCUACUAUAACCAGAUGAAAACAUACUUUGGUGCUGCAAAUUCUGCUCACUUGCAGACUCUGGCUUCAAAGAAAAUCAAUAUGGAUCCCUCCGUAUUCCUGGCUCUAAAUCCUGCGGCUUUAAAAAAACUUAGUGCCAAUGAGUUGAAAAAUUUGCUUGGAAUUAACCUUCCCACUGUUAAAACUUACGAAAAUACCACGUUAGUCAAGACUUGGAUUGCAGAACAUACAGAAAGCGAAGUGCGGAGCUUGAGAAUUGGUCUAACAGGAGGAAAGCCUGACCCACUGCCUUCAGGCUUAAUUAAUAUCCCAGUAAUAGAAUCAUCGUCGUCAUCUAUCAACAGGAGCUAUCUGUGGUGUUUAAUUCACUCCUUCUCUAUCAGUACAAUAAUCAUUGUAUUACAAGCAUGGUUGUGAUAGAUAUAGAGACUUACUCAGUAAACUAAUGUCAGACUAAAUUCAUAAUGUCUGUGUACAAGUGUAUGACAAUCAACUGUUAAAAACUGAAUGACAACAUUAACAUUUACAAUUAGUUUAAAUGUAUACAAUAUUUAACAUACAGAGUAAAUAUUUUAAAUUAUAAAUUCAGUUGCAUUUAAAAGUGAUUAUAGGACCUCAUUAAUAGGUAAAUUGUCAGGUCACCAAAGUAUUACCAGGAAGAAUAAGAAAGAAUCUAUUUACUGUAAUGAGAGUUGUGAUUUAGUAUAUAAGUUAAUUGAGAUUUAAAAAAAACUUUAAUAAUCAUUAAAAUAUAGUAAUGAAAUACACAGUUCAGGUCAAAUGUUAUUUUCAGGGUUUUUUUCUAUAAAUUUUGAUGUAAGGGCUUGUCAACAGAUAGAAAUACAAAUAUUUUUCAGUAAAUAAGCAAUUUAUAUUUAACUCAGAUGGGUGUAAUUAUUACUUUUCUCAAACAAUGAAAAAAUGUGAUGAUUUUUAAAUUAAAUGGCAAACAGUAACUAAACACAAUCAAAUGAAAUGCAUAUUUUGAUAAUAAAAACUUACAUUU